AUUCAUAUCACGCCACGUAUCACAAAAAAAGAUAACCAUCAAAAUAGAACAGAACAUGUUUUACUUUAUUUAUUAAGUGGCGACGCGAUUUCUUUUCCCACAAAACCACAUUCCUUAAAAUACUCGAAGCGUUCUCUUCCCCGCAACCUUCCCUGAUUGUCAAUUCGGAUCUUCAUGAGUUCAACAACCACUGGAGCAUACUUGGUUUCCUGCUAUUCGGGAAACAAGAACAACGGCCUCUUCUGCUGGAUUUUGAUCUGCCUGCUACCAAAGUUCCUUGGAACUGCAUUUGCCUACAUCAACUUCCUCCUCAUUCAAUCCGUUGAUAGGAGUCCAUCAGCAGUGAGGGUGCUCUUCGGUCCGAUUAACCUAUAGUUAUUUACUAGUUUGGUCAUCAGCAUCGUUAGAGAUUAGAUCCUUUUUUCGUUGAGUGGUGAAAUAUGGUUUCCUCUCAGUUUUCUGGCAUGUACAAACCAUUGCUCUUUCCCGUAAACGAUCCUGGUACCGCAACCACCGAUCACGUUGAGCUAGAUUUCUCUGAUGUCUUUGGUCCACUUACUGUAGAAGUCAAUAACAUUGAUUCAACUUCUUUCGAGUCUAUUGAUGAAUCGAGCGAGCUGGUUUACGAGGACCCAGAAGUCAUUUACACCCGCUCACAUUCUCUGGUUGGCCCUUCUAGUUGUAUCAGCCAAUCACUUAAACUCAGUAAGCUCACCAUACACGAGUCUGACUCUGACAAUUCAUUGGAACUAGUGGAGCGUGUCACUGAAGAGACCAUUGAAGACAUCAAAGAGUCUUCCGUUGAGAAUGUUAUCAUCGAGGAAUCUUUGAAUGAUGAAGACGGGAACCUCAUGGAGAUCCGAAGAGUUGGCAUUGAAGAUUUUGAGGUUUUGAAGGUUGUGGGGCAGGGUGCAUUUGCAAAAGUGUACCAGGUGAGGAAAAAGGGAACUUCAGAAAUAUAUGCUAUGAAGGUUAUGCGGAAGGACAAGAUUAUGGAGAAAAACCAUGCUGAAUACAUGAAAGCUGAGAGGGAGAUUUUGACAAAGAUAGAGCACCCCUUUGUUGUACAACUCAGAUACUCUUUUCAGACAAAAUACAGAUUGUAUCUUGUGCUGGAUUUCGUAAACGGGGGCCAUCUCUUUUUUCAGCUUUAUCACCAGGGCCUUUUCAGAGAGGAUCUAGCACGCAUAUACGCAGCCGAGAUUGUUUCUGCAGUUUCCCAUCUCCACUCAAAGGGAAUAAUGCAUAGGGAUCUAAAACCUGAAAAUAUCCUAAUGGACGCUGAUGGCCAUGUCAUGUUGACUGAUUUUGGAUUAGCAAAAAAAUUUGAAGAAAGCACAAGAUCUAAUUCAUUGUGUGGUACAGCGGAGUACAUGGCGCCUGAAAUUAUUCUUGGAAAGGGCCAUGACAAGGCUGCCGAUUGGUGGAGCGUAGGCAUCUUACUGUUUGAGAUGCUCACUGGGAAGCCGCCCUUCUGUGGUGGGAACUGUCAGAAGAUUCAGCAGAAGAUAGUGAAGGACAAGAUUAAGCUGCCAGGAUUUUUGUCAAGUGAUGCACAUGCACUGUUGAAAGGGCUGCUAAAUAAGGAGGCACCAAAGCGGUUGGGUUGUGGAGCUAAGGGGAUUGAAGAAAUUAAAGGACACAAGUGGUUCAAACCAAUCAAUUGGAAGAAGUUGGAUGCACGUGAAAUCCAACCAAGUUUUCGGCCAGAUGUUGCUGGGAAGCACUGUGUUGCAAACUUUGACAAGCGCUGGACUGAUAUGCCUCUUGUUGAUUCACCAGCUGGGAGUCCAAAUGGUGGAAACCCUUUCAAGGACUUCUCUUAUGUGAGGCCUGCAGCCUCUUUUCUUCAAAAUAACAGCCCUGCUUGCUGAACUUCACACCAUGCAUUGGCAUUGGCUUAAGAUAUCAACACUAUUUCUUAGUAGUUGUAUUUGUAUUUGUAUUUGUGAACAGUGAUACACUGUCGCAUGAAUUGGUAUCAAGAAACAUUUUCAUCGUUCGCUUCAAUUCAGUAGUCAUGUGAACUUUGGCCAUGCAGCUCUACAAUUGUUGAGCUGACUUUGCUAGAACUUGUGUUUGGAGAAAAUAAAUUGCAUUAUUUAUACUCUUUAA